AUGUGGGCGUGGCCUGGGCGGGCCGGCGCGGAGGACGCGCUUCCGGAGAGGACUUCCGGGCCCGUGGUCUCUGCCGCCUACCGCGGUUUACCUGCAGCAGCGGAGGCCUCCGCAGUUACCUUGACAAGAGGAGGAGGACUUCUAUCAAGGCAUAUAGUUGGAAAGAGAGGGGACACUAAGAAGAAACUAGAGGUGGAGACCAAAACUUCUAUUAGUAUUCCUAAGCCUGGACAAGAAGGAGAAAUUGUAAUCACUGGCCAGCAUCGAAGUGGUGUGAUUUCAGCCCGAACUCGGAUUGAUGUUCUUUUGCUCACUUUUAGAAGAAAGCAGCCCUUCACUCACUUUCUUUCCUUUUUCCUCAAUGAAGCUGAGGUUCAGGAACGAUUCCUGAAGUUCCAGGAGGAAGUACUAGAGAAGUGCUCCAUGGAUCAUGGAGUUGAUAGCACCAUUUUCCAGAAUCCCAAAAAACUUCACCUAACUAUUGGGAUGUUGGUACUUUUAAGUGAGCAAGAGAUCCAGCAGACAUGUGAGAUGCUAAAGCAGUGUAAAGAGGAAUUCAUUGACGACAUUUCUGGGGGCAAACCCCUAGAAGUAGAGAUGGAAGGGAUAGAAUACAUGAACGAUGAUCCUGGCAUGGUGGAUGUUCUUUAUGCCAAAGUUCAUAUGAAAGAUGGCUCCAACAGGCUGCAGGAAUUAGUUGAUCGAGUCCUAGAACGUUUUCAGGCAUCUGGACUAAUAAUGAAAGAGUGGACUAGUGUGAAACUCCAUGCUACUGUCAUGAAUACUCUGUUAAGGAAAGAUCCCAAUGCUGAAGGCAGGUACAAUAUCCACACAGCAGAUGGCAAAUACAUCUUCAAAGAAAGAGAAUCAUUUGAUGGCAGAAACAUCUUAAAGCUGUUUGAGAACUACUACUUUGGUACCUUAAAGCUUAAUUCAAUCCACAUCUCUCAGCGGUUCUCAGUAGACAGCUUCGGAAACUACGCUUCCUGUGGACAAAUUGACUUCUCCUGAGGUGAAUCUUGAGAAAUUGAACAUCUUCACAAGGUGCUGAGGGAAAGUGUCUUCAUUUUAAUUGCCAA